AUGGCCAUCAUGGGCUACUUCGGGGCGCCGAGGCUCCACGGGAGGAAGCAGGAAGCGACGCUUUGCGGCGGGGAGAGCCUGAGCGCCGCCCUGCUCGACGCCGACGAGCUGGCGGAGGCGGCGGUGCCGAAGGGGUACUUCGCGGUGUAUGUGGGCGCGGAGGCGCGGCGGUUCGUGGUGCCGACGAACUACCUCUGCCAGCCGGCGUUCCGGGACCUCAUGGAGCGCGCCGCCGAGGAGUUCGGCUUCGCGCAGGCCGGUGGCAUCCGCAUCCCCUGCCGCGAGGAGGACUUCGAAGCCACCAUCGCCGCGCUCGAGGCGCGCCGGCGGCGGCAGCGGCGGCCGGGCAGGGUCGGCACGGCGCUUACCAAGGCCAGGUCGCUGUAG